ACUUAUCAGCAAUUCGCUAUAAGGAGAGUGUGUGACGGCAUUUUAAGCUCCUUACGUAUAGCUGCAAAUGAAACCAUUGGUUUUGGAAAAGGCAAAAGAACACCUGGUACGAUAAGAAGUGCCAUGUCGCAGCGGAGAGAUGGGAUAGCUACUGAGAGUUGAAGAGGGAAGGGAGACGCAUUUGCAGACAAAAAAGAAAGAGACCGAAAUACGAGAGUACGAAGAGCUUGACAAGCUGGCGGACAGGGGUAAUGAUCGAAAACUCUACCACAAGAUGCGGCGACUAACAGCAGAUCAACUAUCGUGAGAUAAGCCUUCUCAACAUCGCAUGUAAGGAUUGGACCUUAUCAGUUAUUCACCUUGCGCCAAACCUUGGAAAAUAUCUGUGAAAAAAGAUCGACACACACGACGUCUUCGUCGCUUUCAAAACUGCUUUUGACAGCACGAAAAGGAGCUGCUUUAGCCGUGAUGUCUGAAUUUGGUAUCCUCGCAAAACUAAAACUGAUGUUGAGCAAUACCAAAACCUCCAUCAUGAUUGGGAAGAAUCUCUCCGAGCCGUUCGAUAAUAAGCGUGGUUUCAAACAAAGAGACUUCCUAUAGUGUGACUUGAAAGUCGUUGAUAUCUUCGUCUAUCUUUGAACCAGUAUUAACACCCAGAACAAUGUCAGCCUCGAAAUCCAACGCAGAAUAACUAUUGCCAACAGGUGCUACUCUCACUCAUUAUUCCCGUCCUGCUAUAUCGUGCAGAGGCUUGGACGAUGACAAUAUUUGAUGAGUCAGCGUUACGAGGUUUCGAGAGAAAGGUUCUGAGGAAGAUUUAUGGUCUUUUGCGCUUUAACAACUGCGAAUAUCGCAUUCGAUGGAUCGAUGAGCUGUACGAGAUAUACGACGACAUUGGCAUAGUUCAGCGAAUUAAAAUACUAAAAGAAUUCGACACAUUACCCGUCGGGGAAAGCAGAGGGAGAGGAAGACAACUACUCUAUUUCCAGGCAUAUCGAGGGGUCAAUACACUAAAUUGGUAUAUUGUUUUCAUAUGUCAUUAUAUAAUAUUACCCAAUUCGUAUAAAUAAUUACAGCAUUGCGUUAAUCUACACAUAUAUAAAAAUACUUAUACGUAACUUAACUGAUUUCUGCCGAAUUAAAAGUAGUGAGUCUCUACAUUUAACACCUUAGUGCCAACAAAGACAAAACAAAAAACGAAAUAAUUAUUAUGAAAAUAAAAACUGGAGUACGUAUAAAUGAACUUGGCAACACUGCCUUAACAGAUGAUCGCAUGACCAAAACACAGACUGUCUGCCGGAUUUUCUCUAGCAAUUAGCGCCUUCUGAGAGCAUGUUAAUUCCUAGCCGGAUUUUUAGACUUUAUCCAUGGCGAUUCAUUGCACCUCGUUCACAAUUUCGAAACUACACUUUAAUUGAGUUUAAUUAAAGCGCGAAAAUUUGUCAACUGAGAAUUCCUGAUGCAUACAAUUCAUAUGAUUUCUUAAAUUAAUAACUUUUUGAUAUAAAAUUGUUGAACGAUUGUGAAGAGGACAUCAGUCUCAGUUCGCAUUUGUUCCAGUUCGGUGAAUAGACUAUUUUGUGUGAUCAAUUAAAAAAUAUUUUAAGAAAAAUGAAUACAAUUUUGCUACUCGUCUGCAUUGCUACCUGCACUCAUCUAACACUUGCACGUCCCGAUGUCAGUCUCGGUUAUCAGUAUCAACCCGGUUACAGCAGCUCCGGUGGUGGUUUGUUGCAGACACCACACGCCCCUAGCAGCAAUUAUUUCAGCCCAGUACCGACCUUCUCUCAAAAUGUGGGGAUAGGAGGAUCUGGCGGUGCCGGUUCAGGUUCUGGCAGCUUUGGUUUCAGUGGAAAUAGCGGCGGUUCUUCUUACUCCUCUGGCGGCUAUGGCGCCUUGUCGGGCAGUUUUGGUGGAGCAGGCGAUUUUGGCGGCUCAACGGGCGUUAAUGACUAUCAAGGGGGCUAUAACUCUGGCAAUAUACAUUAUUCUCACCAAUCGCCGAACUUCGUUGGCCGUGCGCCGAUUGUAACCAAACACUUCUGGCUACACUCCGCACCGGAGGAUCAUGAUGAGCAACAAAUUGUGCGUUAUAUAAAUAUUGGACAGCCACGCAAAAACUAUAACGUCGUGUUCAUUAACACGCCCUCAUCCAGUGUGAAUAAGGCUAAAAUCAUCGCCAAUGUUGCGCCAGUUGAGGAUAAGACGGCCAUUUAUGUUUUGGCUAAGAAGGCGAACGCUUUGGAUGUGAGUGCUGAGGUCGCUACACCAGCGCCAGUCGUCAACAAGCCAGAAGUGUUCUUUAUUAAGUACAAAACACCGGAAGAGGCGGUGCAUGCGCAACACACCAUUCAAGCUCAAUAUGAUGCGUUGGGAGGUUCCAGCAACCUCUCCAAUGAAGGCUCAAUUCCAGUAUCUUCCGCCAUUGGCAGUUUGGGUGGCUCAAUUGGCAGUGGGGAUGAUCAUGUUGAGGACUCGCAUAUAGUGCAUGGUGGACCAUCCAUUGCCGUGAGUUCCAGUGACUCAAGCAACGGUGCGAUUCAGAAUUAUUUGCCACCAAAUCAUAAGUAAAACGUGGAUUCGUAUUGUGAAAGCUCCGCAGAUAUAAAAGAAAGUUUAAGUUUGCUUGAAGCUCAACGAGGAUUUGUUGCGGUUAACUGAAGCGCUAUUUUAAUUUACAUUUUGAACCUUAGACAAAAUUAGUCUCAUAUAUUUAAUAAGAGUAUUACCAUUUUUAUAUUUUUUAAUAUUUUAGUUAGAACGUUGGACAAUAAAAAAGUUAUUAAAAAAAAAAACACUUUAUAAUUAAUUGCGAAUAGAAAGUAUUAGUACUUCUCCUUCCAUUUCUACUAUAAGCGUUACAUAAAAUGAAUUAUAAAAAAAAAAGAUAUAAUAAACCAUAAUUAGUAUUGAAAAACUGUGGGGCUUACAAAAUUGUGUUGAAACUGUAAACAUAAAACCCUGCUUUCCCAUAGAAAU